AAAGUUCAGAUUUUCAGGGAAGGACUCGGGACCUCCGAAUUCUCAGGGAAGGACUCGCCGGCCAAUUAUAAAUACCCUCCAAUUUUUCAACCCUAAAAAUGCACCUUUCACUUCAUCUCUUCUCCUUUUUUGUUUCUACGCUUGUUUUCUUUCCCUUUUUUCUUUUCUUUGUUGAAAAUUUCAGCUCCUUGAGCUUCGAUUCAGGAUGACUAUCAUCAUUGAUCAGCCUCAUUUUGGAGUUGAGGAACAGGAAAAGAAAGUCCCAAUUGAUGAAACGAUUGUGACAGAUGAACAGAAAGAACUUUUGUUGAAUGGUGGAUUUCUGGUGGCACAUACCAAUUCUUUUGGACACACCUUUAGAGAUUAUGAUGCUGAAAGUGAGAGACAAGAAGGGGUGGAGAAUUUCUAUAGAACCAAUCACAUUAAUCAGACAUAUGACUUUGUUAAGAGGAUGAGGACAGAGUAUGGAAAAUUAAACAGAGUUGAAAUGAGCAUCUGGGAAUGUUGUGAGCUUCUAAAUGAUGUGGUUGAUGAGAGUGAUCCUGACUUGGAUGAACCUCAAAUUGAGCACUUGUUGCAGACCGCCGAAGCUAUUCGAAAAGACUACCCAGAUGAAGAUUGGUUGCACUUGACUGGCCUCAUUCAUGAUCUCGGCAAGGUGCUGCUUCUUCCUAGCUUUGGAGGGCUUCCGCAAUGGGCUGUUGUCGGUGAUACAUACCCGGUUGGUUGUGCUUUUGACGAAUCAAUCGUUCACCACAAGUAUUUCAAAGAAAAUCCAGACUAUAACAAUUCUGCUUACAAUACUAAAUAUGGAGUCUACAAUGAAGGAUGCGGAUUAAACAACGUACUGAUGUCGUGGGGGCACGACGACUACAUGUACUUGGUGGCCAAGGAGAAUAACACUACUCUGCCUUCAGCAGCGCUUUUCAUCAUCAGAUACCACUCAUUCUAUACACUACACAGAUCAGAAGCAUAUAAGCACUUAUUGAAUCAGGAAGAUGUUGAGAAUCUGAAGUGGCUGCAAAUAUUCAACAAAUAUGACCUUUACAGCAAGAGCAAAGUCCGGAUAGAUAUCGAAAAGGUCAAGCCGUACUAUCUCUCCCUCAUCGAAAAGUACUUCCCUGAGAAGCUAAAAUGGUGAAAAUCCUGGAGGCUCCGGAGCUUGAUGGGUCAAUCUCUAUCCCGGGUGAUUGCCGGAAGAUUUAGAACUAGAAGAUGAGUAGAGGAAUGGAAUUUUGAGAUGUCACCAUUGUUAAUUAGAUAAACUAGUUUGAAGAUCUUUUAAGAAAAAUAAAAGUG